CGCUUCUCAACUCGCUUCUUUCACAAACCCGAAACGUAGCCUUCUCAAUCUCACAACAAUUUACCGGAAACAAGCCAAUCUUCUCCGUCAUCUCAAACCAAGUUUUACACUCAGAAAAUGCGAUCCGAUCACGAAUACCACUCAUCAUGAUCCAGAAUCCUCUCAAUAACGAAGCUCUUGAGAUCGAUGAGUUCGACCAAGCAAACAACCUCGUGGCAACAUAUAUCAAAAGCCCAUCAACGCAUUCGGGAAGCAGGAUUGAUGUUAUUGUUCCCAAGAAUUCAAACAGCUAUGCGAGGAGCAUCUUGAAUGCGUUCUUGCCUGCGGGAUACCCGAACAGUGUUACGAAAGAUUACCUUGAGUACCAGAUCUAUGACUCAUUACAAGCCUUCUCAAGCUCGAUCGCGGGGAUGCUAUCAUCCAGAGCAGUGCUUGAAGGCAUUGGCGUGGGAGACUCACAUGCGUCUCCAACUGCCGCUCUUCUCCUCACGGUCCUUCAAGAAAGCAUAGGCCGAAUUGCCACCAUUCUUUUCGCUCAUAGACUCGGAACGUCACUCGAGCCUGAAUGCAAAAUGUACCGUCUAGCUGCCGACAUUUUCAACGAUGCUGCUAUGCUUUUAGAUUGUCUUUCGCCUGCGUUGCCCAAAGCUUCGAGAGUAGUGUUGUUGAGCCUGUCCAGUGUACUUCGUUCGCUAUGUGGAGUUGCUGCUGGGAGUUCCAAGGCUUCAUUAAGCGCUCAUUUUGCAACUCAAGGGAAUCUUGGGGAGCUAAAUGCUAAAGACUCAAGUCAAGAAACCGUCAUAUCGUUGAUGGGAAUGUUGGCAGGAAGUCUCGUCGUCUCCUAUAUCUCGUCUAAAUGGGCAACCUGGACAGCAAUGAUCUUUCUUCUUGCCAUCCAUCUUGGGACGAACUACUUUGCCGUCAAGGCAGUAUGCAUGCGAACGCUCAAUCGACAACGCGCCAAUCUUGUGUUCUCAAGUUUACUUGAACAGCUUGACAACGAUGAGACUAAUUACAGCAAUGACAGCAACCUGAGCAGAGAAGACUUGCCUCGGUUGGUGUGUCCCACUCCGGAAGAAGUACGUCUUCAAGAGCGAGUGUUUGAAAGAGAUGGUGUCCUGAGGUGGAAGGGAGGAAUACUUGGUUAUUGUAAGCUAGGAGUCGAUCUUAAUACUGUGCUUCGUUGUUUCGGCCGCCCUGGUCGCGCGACGGGCAGCUACAGCGGAACUCAAUUGCUUGAAUUCUCAAAGCUGCUGGACAUUUUCAAGGACUGUGGUUACAUUGUGUGGUAUGAUCAGUCGAGGAUGACCUUUCUAAUUGUGCUAGAGGGGGAUGCAAGCCCAGUCACUCUGCUAAAGGCUUGGAUGUUUGCUCUUCAAUUUGCAAAGUACGGCAAGAUAGAGGGUAGGUCGCUGAUUGAAGCACUUGAGGAUACACGGGCAUAUUUGGCACCAAUUGAGAGAGAAAUCAUAGAUUGCCUUGAUCAGAACUGGGAUCUAGAAGUCUCAGCUAUGGAAACGCAGUCAGGGACAAGAAUCAGGAUGAAGGAAAACAAGCGGUAGCUGAGAAUGUUUGAGAAGGGAUUGAAGCAAACUUCUAGUCUCUUGAAAUUUUUUCAUAACUGUGUUUCACUGUUGUUCAGGGUGUCUCUUUGGACUCGCCAUUGGUCUUCCUGUCCUUCUCGUUUUGAGGUCAACAC